GUGUGUGUGUGUUUUCUUCUUUAUCUUUUGUGGGGUCUCUAUUUUCUUGAAGAAAAAUCGUUUCUUUAUCAUUGUUUGUGUUGCUGACCUUCGUUUCCCGCUCCUUUCUUCGUUUGACUCCUUUUGUUUCUUACAAACCAAACAAAAAAAAAGAAUAGUGUGUCUUUUUUUUAGUGUGUGUGGUUGUCUAAUUCAGACAAGGAUUUCAGAGUUGGAUAGAGAAAUAGAUAGAAUGAUGGGGGAGAGGUGUGAGAGUUCCAGAGGAGAGAGAGAAGUCAUGGGAACUCCAGAGAGAAGCAAGAGCAGCCAGAUCGCCAACUCCAUUGCCAAAUUUGAGGACUCCCCUGUCUUUAGCUUCCUCAACAAUCUUUCCCCUAUCAAGCCGGUUAAACCGGUGCACAUCUCUCAGACGAUAAAUCCACUUAGCUUUGCUUCCCUUCCAUCCGUUUUCAGUUCACCCCACCUUGCUUCCCUCAGGGAAUCUAGAUUUCUUCGCAGGCACAGUCUUUCAGAUCCAUCAAAGCCCGAGUUCUCCACUGAUGAUGGGAACAAAGUUGAUCCAAACAUGGGAGUCACUAUGAACUUGGACGAACACAAGGAGUCAAAUCCGGAUGCAAAUGGUGAAAAGGUUGGUGAGCCACCUUAUGUAUGCUCGAAGCUUGUAGUCGAGUUUGCAGAAACGCUGAGUUGUGAGAUGGACAUUGUUGGCUCGGGCUUGAGUGGUCUUGAGGCCAAACAGGUAGCAGAGUAUGCUUGCACUUCUUCAGCAAUUGUGGAAAGCCAGAGGAGUGUAAACAUGAGUGAGACGAACGCGGAGGUGUUAGGCAAUACUAUUGGGAACUGUUGGGACAGUUUGAUUGCUGAUUCAUCUGAUCUAUUCAUCUUUGAAUCACCAAAAGCAAAGGCUUGCAAUGAGUCUGUUGAUCCUGCAACCGCUUUCUAUAGGAGCAUUAGGAAUGCCAUCCAGCACGUCCAAUCCUUUGGUGCAGCGGCUUGUGGUGAACGAGGAAACGCAGCUGAAAACAUGUCUUGCCAGCCUGAAGAAGGAAUUGGGAUGAUUGAAAACAUGCCUUUGCAGAAUUUUCGUGGUAUGAAAAGGCGCUCUCUUGUCUUUGAGAUGGCAGGAGGCCAUAGGAAGAAUAUGGAGGAUGGAUCAGCUCGUGAUUCGCCUCUUCUGCUAACAAACUCUGAUGGCAAUGCUUCCUCGGACAAGCAAAUAGCUCGGACUAAGACUGGAAGUGACUGCUCUGGUCUCCUGCCUGGGAUCGGCUUGCAUUUGAAUGCUUUGGCAGCGACUCACGAGUCAUCAACUUCUGGUAGAUUAUUGAUCGGAUCGAGCUCAUCUGCCCAUUUUCCUCCUCCAACUACUAGCCAAGACUUGUUAAGCAGCUACCUGUUGGAAAGUGGGGUUGAUACCUUCAAAAGCCUUCUCCUGGAAGAUCAUAGCCUGGAAUCUGGAUAUAUUGCGAAUGAAGAUAUCAAUCCGAGUAGUCCUAAGAAAAGGAGGCGUAAGUCGGAGCAAGGUGGAGACGGUGAAUCUUGUAAACGAUGCAAUUGUAAAAAAUCGAAGUGUUUAAAACUUUACUGUGAGUGCUUUGCUGCUGGUGUCUACUGUGUGGAGCCGUGCGCGUGUAUAGACUGCUUCAACAAGCCCGUGCACGAGGAAAUCGUCCUCGCCACGCGCAAGCAGAUUGAGUCAAGAAAUCCUCUUGCAUUUGCUCCUAAAGUGAUCAGGACCUCUGAUUCUGUAUCAGAGAUAAUAGGGGAUGACUUCGCCAACACUCCUGCUUCUGCUCGCCAUAAAAGAGGAUGCAACUGCAAGAAAUCUGGCUGCCUCAAGAAAUACUGUGAAUGCUAUCAAGGAGGUGUCGGAUGCUCCAUAAACUGCAGAUGCGAAGGAUGUAAGAACGCGUUUGGCAGAAAAGACGGUUCGUGUGCAUCAGCAGAGCACGAGGACGUAGAGGAUGAAAACGACACUACUGAGAAGGCUGCACUCGACAGCUACAAGGCUUCAAUUCACGAUGAUCUUGAUCAAAGGAAGAGGCCACCUAGAGCCUAUGUUCCUCCCAGCAGCUCAUAUUCUGGAUUUGGAAACUCGAGUUUAGCGUUUCCACCACCAGCGCCUAAAUGGAGGCCGCAUGUUGAGGGGGGAGACGAGAUGCCACAUUUUCUUGCAGGAGGAGGGUCGCCUAUUAAGGCGUCCUCGCCUAACAGGAAGAGAGUUACUCCGCCUCAGACGUUGACUGGUCUGAGGAGCAGCCGCAAGCUGGUACUUCAGUCCAUCCCGUUGUUCCCUUCCCUUGCAUCCAACCAGUAGUUAUGCUUGCUCUCAGUUUUGUUCUGCUGAAUGAGUUUUUUUGGCCUUUAUUCAUCAAUAAAAUGCUCUCUCUCUGACUCUUAA